AUGACGAAGGGCUACUAUGCCGUGUACGUUGGGAGGGUUCCAGGAGUCUACAACCACUGCCAGCCGCUCAGGCCUAGGUGCACAGAUGCAAAUGUUGCUACCUGCAACGACGAGCUACAACCAGCGGCGACGGUGACGUUUUUUUGCUGCAACCGUGUCUUCAUUUUUGCUACGACCGGCAACGAAAAAUACUACAACGGGCAGUUCUAUUUGCUGGAACCAAUCAAUCGCCGGCGAGGCGGAGCUGCAUCCAUGGCGUGCGCGGGCGGCGAGUGCGGGAUCCAUCCAUGGAGGAGCGCGGCAAGCGGGAGUUUGGCAUCUUCUGUCCUCUGCCCCGUCGCACCACCGUGGUUGCGCCGCCCACGUCCAGACGACGGCCCUCUCCUGCCGCUAGAUGCCUCCGCUGAGACGACGCUGCCAGAGGCAGCGACCAGCAGCCUCACCGGUGCCCUCGCGCGCGAGCGGACAGGCGCCGGAAGAACUUGGUUCCAGCGAUGCUGCAGAUCGCACUCGCGUUGCUGCUCUACAUCGGCCUCGACCUCCCCGAGGCCGUCGCCGCCGUUUCUGUUAAGACUUGUGCGCGGAGGUGGUUUGACGAGCGGGAGACAAGUCACCUGGCCAACUGGGCAAGCACGGCCGGGCACGGCAACACUGAGGAGCUCCCGACGAUUCAUUUCAGCUGUCCAAGUAUUACGGGGUAGAGCUGGAAAUACGGGAGCGGUGUGGGUUUUUCUUGCGGGAAAAGGGACUUGGGCGUGGAAAUCGAUGCGGCCAUUGGAUGAAGAACAACAACAUGCGGUAGGGAGCAUGGAGAGGGAGCAGCCAUGCCGCGUCCUCUUGGCAUCGCUCAUCCCCUCCGUCAAGACGCGUCAAUCUGGCGACCUCGACCCCCCAUGGCUGUGUACUACAGCCAACUCUGGCUGGCCAACUUCCGAUGCGCCCCAGGUGUUCGUGGUAAUGCUCUAAUCACGCGGCGCCUCGUCAAUUGAUCAACAAAAUUCCGUCUGUAGCUCCGGCUCUGCAGCGUGCUUCGGUGGAGCAAUGUGCCAAUAAAAAUAGGAACCUGUGGCCUGCGCCUUAGGCUGUGGUGCCGAACCUUGUUUGCUGCCUUUAGCGUCUCCUUCCUCCCUGUCAUAGAUUUGCACUGGAACCGCAGUGCGUUCCUCGAUUUCGUGGCGCCAAGCUUCAUCACGCUGAUGAGGUACACACUUCCUUUUUUUCCUAACGACAAAUAUACACGCUUCCGUUCUCUCAACUGAUAUGAUACGUUCUUGUGGUACUUGACUAGUUGAUAUGAAUUAUUAAUAACUGGACAAUCAAAAUCCAGGGCUAUCCCCCUGUGUACUUGCCGCUACGUUGUAAUUAUUUUCUGUAAUUCUCGUUAACAUGCCACUGUCUGCACAUUUGAUUCUUAGACUUUGUCUUGUCCAGAGUGUAUGGAACUAUCAUAUGAAUGCUUUAUUUCAGAAGAUCCUUUGGAGCAAAAAGGGUGGGAAUGUAAAUGUAAUAUAAUAUUUUGGUAGGCCAUAUAUAUAUUUCCACAUGAAUGGUAAGAAUACAGAUGAUACAACUGA